AUGGUUGGAAUAAAACCCACAGACCUGGCGCCAACGACGGCUGUCAAGUUUGUUGGUGCAGGCACAGCAGCCUGCAUCGCUGACCUUGUGACCUUCCCCUUGGAUACUGCCAAAGUCAGACUACAGAUUCAAGGGGAGGCUCAGUUGGGGCAUGGGGCCCAGGCUGUGCGGUAUCGGGGCGUGUUUGGUACCAUCACCACAAUGGUGCGUACGGAGGGGGCCAGGAGCCUCUACAGCGGGCUGGUGGCAGGGCUCCAGAGGCAGAUGAGCUUCGCCUCUGUCCGUAUCGGCCUCUAUGACUCCAUGAAGCAGUUCUACACUCAUGGCUCUGACAGUGCUAGCAUCGUUACUCGGCUCAUGGCAGGCUGCACCACCGGAGCAAUGGCUGUGAUGUUUGCUCAGCCCACAGACGUGGUCAAGGUGCGUUUCCAGGCUCAAGUACGUCUGGCUGACGGGGUGAAGAGAUACAACGGUACUAUGGACGCUUAUCGGACCAUCGCCCGAGAUGAAGGGGUGCGGGGCCUUUGGAAAGGCUGCAUGCCGAAUAUAACGCGCAAUGCCAUUGUGAAUUGUUGCGAGCUGGUCACCUACGACAUCAUCAAGGAACUUAUAUUGAAGUAUGACCUAAUGACAGAUAACCUUCCAUGCCACUUCACGGCUGCGCUCGGUGCAGGGUUCUGUACCACCAUUGUCGCAUCACCAGUAGAUGUGGUUAAGACCAGAUUCAUGAAUUCAACGUCAGGCCAGUACAGCAGCGCAAUGAACUGUGCCUACACUAUGCUGACUAAGGAGGGGCCAACAGCCUUCUACAAGGGGUUUGUGCCCUCCUUCCUGCGACUGGCGUCCUGGAACAUUGUGAUGUUUGUGUCUUAUGAGCAGAUCAAGAGGGCUAUGAUGAGAACAAAGACCUCCUGGGAGUCACCAUUCUGAUUUUUUGUUAUUUUUCUAAUGUUUCUCUGGACUGAGCCUUGCAGGCAUGAAGGCUUCACCACAGCACAGUGGAUAUCACGCCUGUUCUCCCCCAUUGUUCCAUGAAAUGGAUUUCUGGAGUGGGCUUCUAACAGUGGUGACAUAUAUUCAUUCACAGGAGGUAUGUGGCACCUUAAUUGGGGAGGACAGGCUCCUGGUAA